UAUCCAUCAAGAAAACGCACGACCGUAAGAUCGGAAGACAACAAAACUGUAAAGUGACACAUUUUCGAAGGAAACCUUAAAGCCAACAUGAAGAAGAAAGCAAGGCGCUCGCAAGAAGUUCUUGACGCUGGCAAAAUGCUGGACCCGCGUUGCGUUUUGUGCCUAAGCGCCGAGGAUGAUGCCGCCUUGUUUGGGGACAAAAUCACCCUGCAGGAUGACAAAAUCGCUGUGCACUACUUUUGCUUGUUAACGUCGUGCGGUGUUUACCAGCGAGGCAAAGACAGCGAAGGCAUCUUCGGCUUCCUGGUGAAAGACAUCAAGCAGGAGAGUCGACGAUCUGCGCGAUUGACGUGCUGCGUAUGCAAGAAGAAGGGCGCCUGCGUGGGCUGCUACGUGAAAAGCUGCAGAAAGAUGGUCCACUUCCCGUGCGGACGCAAGAACGGCUUUGUGUCGCAGUUCGCCGAAAACUUCCCGUCUUACUGUCCCGACCACAGUCCGUUCCAGUCACUCGGCGUCAACGCUGACCUGAGCCUGCCUCAAUCCUGCUCAGUGUGCUUGGACGCCGUUGACGGGAACCUGUCCUACGCCGUCCUUAAGUGUCCGUCCUGUCACGCUAGCUGGUUCCACCGAGACUGCGUGCAGCGACAAGCGCACAGCGCCGGACUCUUCUUCUUCAGAUGCACUUUGUGUAACAACAAGGACGAGUACCAGCAAGAGAUGCUGCGCAUGGGAAUAUACAUCCCCGAGAGAGAUGCAUCAUGGGAGUUGGAGACCAACGCGUACGCCGACCUGCUGGAGGUUUACAUGCACUGCGACGCCCACGAGUGCCUCUGCGUCAAUGGACGUGCGCACUCUGCCAAGACCGGGUGGUUCCAGGCCAUCCGCUGUCUGCUAUGCGGAUCCAGAGGAACGCACAGGAAAUGUUCUGGACUCAAAGUGGACACCAAUGACUGGGCCUGUCCAGAAUGUACAAAGUGCACUGACGGAAAAGCAUCCCUGGUGGCAUCUCCUCAAGCUGCGCCGAGGAGAGCUCUUGCAUCCAAGCGUCUGCUCCCUGCUACCCCGCUGCCCCUUACCUGCAAAAAACCGUCCUUAUCCUUGGCGUCUCCAGAAGAGCUCCUGCAGGCGUUAACGCCCGUGGCUCAAUUAGCCGAGCUGCUGGUAGAAGUGGUUGACGACCAGGUGCUCCCGGCAGCUCUUGAGCUGGUCAGGCGGCCCGACUUCGACCCCUCGUUACGGCUGUCAUUCAGGUUCUCAUACAGCCGACAGAAUAUGUCGUCCGACGACAUUUUGAGCGACAAUGCGGCCAGAGAGAAGUUCUUCACGUUGAUGACGGAGCAGAUUCAAGAAUCGGACGUGUUCGAAGGACCGCCCGGGUGUAAAAACCUCGCCCUUCUCCCUCAAGCGUUACGCAAUGACUCGUAUUUCGACGUGGGCUGUCUGCUGUCGCUGUCACUGGUGUGUGGUGGUCCGGCGGUGGGCUUCUUCUCACGGGCGCUCUACCAAUGUCUGUUCAACUUCCCGGCCAACCAGCCAUUGGACAUCACGCACUUGACGCAGCACACAAGAAUUGCCGCCUACGUCAAAGCAAUCGCAAUGGCGGAGUCUUUGGAAGAGCUGAGAGACGCAGCGUCGCUCGGCGAGGACUUCCUGGAAGCGGCGGGUUGCAAGCGGCCAAUCGGGAGCUUGAAAGAGAGAGACAAGCUGGUGGAGGAUUUGGUCGGCUUCGCACUGAUUACCAGGAUGCAGCUCCCUCUCCGCAGGUUUCGAGAAGGCCUGCAGACGCUCGGAGUCUUCAAUCAGGUGCAGCUGUUUCCGUCGGUGUUCCGUGACGUGUUCUGCGAGGCGGAUGUGGUGUCAGCGGAGAGGCUGGACAGACUUUUCACGGUGGAGGUGUCGCACGACCAACGACACCUUAGCACGGAGAGCUGCCUGGUGUCCUUCUGGAGGCGCUUCCUGUCGGAGACCGAAGUGGGCCACAGCUCCGUCUCCCUGCAGGACCUCCUCCUCUUCGCCACAGGAUCAUCAAUACUGCCGGCCGCCGGGCUCCUGCCGACUCCCACCAUUUCCUUCCUCCGCCCUCGGGACGGAGUCGAAAGCGACGACGACGAUAAUGAUGAAGCGGAGCAGCUGCGGCGGGAGGAGGGUCUCUUCCCGCAGAGCGAGCCCGAGUCCAACCGGCUUCUGCUGCCUGUCAUCUCCUCCUCCUAUUGGGCUUUCAAACGCGCCAUGGAGCAGGCCAUCAGCCACCGCGUGCUUCUCCUGCCUGGCAACGCAGCACACCAAUACUAAAAGAACAACAAACCAAAAGACAGUAAAUAGUGCUGUACAAUAUGUAUCUGCAAAACCAACCUUCUCUCAAUGUUAUAUAUCAUUAAUGCUUUGUCGACACUUAAGCUCUUAGCAGCUAUGUUGAACUGAGUUGAGGAGUUUCAUCAAUGUAAAAACUAGUGCUGUAUGAUAUGACAAUAUAUAUCGCCAAAACAAUACCAAACUUUGAAUUGACAUUUUACAUGUCUAUCGACAUUAUCACCAUAAAAAAACACCUGUUCCUGCAAUGCACAUUUUGGUCAGCAGAUAAAAACCCAAUGUGACGGGAUUCCAUUGCCAUUGUAGCACCACCAAUCAGCCUCAACACAAUAGUUAGGCAAUUGCUAACCAUACGUGAGUAAUGCAUGCAAUACAAUUGAAAAAUUCAACAUAUAUACUUAUUAAUUAGGGCUGGGCAAUGAUUACACAUUUUCAUUGCAAUUCAUCACUUGAGAUUAACGCAAUCGCAUUGGCGUACACAUAUUUCGAUCAUUACAAAGUUUAUAGUAAAUUUUAUUGUAAAAGCCAAUAGAAAUAUGUAUUACUGAAAACACAAGAUUAGUAGCAUAAGAUUGAUAACAGAUUCAGACAGUCCGAUCAUUAAUUGAUAAGUUAACUUGGUUGUUUUUGCCACAAAUUUGCCCGGCCUUGAUAAUAAUUAUGAACCCUUUGGCUGCCACACAACAAUAGAUGCCCAAUUGUUUUGAACUGGGAGGACUAGCUGUGAAUGCUCAUGCUACAGUGCCACUGACGGCGCUAGACGUCCAAUCCAUUUUGUCAAAAUGGAUUGGACGUCUAGCGCUGCCGAUGAGUUGAUGAUAUGCUAACUUAAUAUACUGUUUCGAAUGUGAAAAGCACAAGUAUCUGUAGACUAUUCGGUAUCUUUGCAUUUGACGUUCUUUUCUGGAUAGUUUUAGGUUGUAGCACUAUUUGAUGCAUUUAACAUUUGCAGCAGGUAACUUAAAUGUCGAUUCAAAUUAAAAAGCUGUCAAAAUUGCUAUUUUUCCACAUAAAUAUACCGUGCAUUUUAUUGUCUCAGAAAAGCGAGAGAAAAUGGCAUGGCAUGAUUUUGUGAUAUAAAUAUAGAUUUAUUUCCCAUAUCACACAGCACUAGUAUUCGUCGUGUGUUCAUUUUAUUGCUGCAUGUUUUUUUCUAUCUAUUUGGAAAGUACUUGUUAUUGUGGUGUGACAUUUAGCAAAAAAAAGUUUUGAAUGUUCUGGGGGCAGCUGUAAUUUUUAGCGGAUAUAUGGAUGAUGAGGGGUCUUCAAAAAAACUAGUAUCGCCGGAAAGCUCCCCUGGAUCCUCAACUUUCGAGAUAGUUAAAGGAAUUCUGGAUUUCUUAUUCAGUAGCUAGGAAUUCUAGCUCUCUUUAUAAAUACCUCAAUUUUCUUACGUUUGUGUUUCAUGUAGUUGCUGUAUGUGUCUUAUUCUUUCAA